GGAGGGGAGGGGGGUUCCUAGGAAGGAUGCGCAGCACCCAGGUUUUACUUCUCGCUGGAAGCCCGCGUGAGAUGCCGUAAGCAGCUGCAGCGGCGACCACGGCAGCGGCGGCGACAGUGGUGAACUCCGCCUGUCAUUUCUGCCUUCAGGUUUCUGGCAAGUCAGGAAAAAAUAGAAAACAGCUGGCUGGUGGGAGCGAGCUGCCCAGGUGACCCGAAGAAAAGCGCAGUCUCGGAGCCGCUGCUGCAUCACCGUGCAGAGGAGCCUGCCUGGCAGAACUCAAACCGUCCUCACCCCCUUCACGAUUUGGUCGCCUUGAUCCUUCUAUACUAUAUUUUUGUUUUUUGGAAGUUUUUCCCCCUCUUUUUGUUAAACUACCCCUAAAAGAUUUAUUUUUUUUAAAAUCUGAUUGCCUCACCUUUCUUUCCCAGCUUUUCCCAUUCCCAAUUUCCCCCCUAAAAACAAACACUUAUAAGACACCACCACCACUACCACCCCCGACGACAGUCGCACCUGCACCGCCUGCAGGCGCCGGACCUCCCCGCCGACCUCCCACUCCCUGCGCGCGGGUUCCGGGCCCGGCGACAGGGCGCGAGCGCAGGCCGAGGCCAUGGAGGUGACGGCGGACCAGCCGCGCUGGGUGAGCCAUCACCACCCCGCGGUCCUCAAUGGGCAGCACCCGGACACGCACCACCCGGGCCUCGGCCACUCCUACAUGGACCCGGCGCAGUACCCUCUGCCGGAGGAGGUGGAUGUACUUUUUAACAUCGAUGGCCAAGGCAACCACGUCCCGUCCUACUACGGAAACUCGGUGCGGGCCACGGUGCAGAGGUACCCUCCGACCCACCACGGGAGCCAGGUGUGCCGCCCGCCGCUGCUGCACGGGUCCCUGCCCUGGCUGGACGGCGGCAAAGCCCUGGGCAGCCACCACAGCGCUUCGCCUUGGAACCUCAGCCCCUUCUCCAAGACGGCCAUCCACCACGGCUCCCCGGGGCCGCUCUCCGUCUACCCGCCGGCCUCGUCCUCCUCCCUGUCGGCCGGCCACUCCAGCCCGCACCUCUUCACCUUCCCGCCCACCCCGCCCAAGGACGUCUCCCCGGACCCGUCCCUGCCCACCCCGGGCUCGGCCGCCUCGGCCCGGCAGGACGAGAAGGAGUGCGUCAAGUACCAGGUGCCGCUGCCAGAAAGCAUGAAGCUCGAGUCGGCGCACUCCCGCGGCAGCAUGACCACGCUGGGGGGCGCCUCCUCGUCGGCCCACCACCCCAUCACCACCUACCCGCCCUACGUCCCCGAAUACAGCUCCGGACUCUUCCCCCCCAGCAGCCUGCUGGGCGGCUCGCCCACCGGGUUCGGGUGUAAGUCGAGGCCCAAGGCGAGAUCCAGCACAGAAGGCAGGGAGUGUGUCAACUGUGGCGCCACCUCAACCCCACUGUGGCGGAGAGAUGGCACGGGACACUACCUCUGCAAUGCCUGCGGUCUGUACCACAAAAUGAACGGACAGAACCGGCCCCUCAUUAAACCGAAGCGAAGGCUGUCGGCAGCAAGAAGAGCAGGUACGUCCUGUGCAAAUUGUCAGACCACCACCACUACCCUCUGGAGGAGGAAUGCCAACGGGGACCCCGUCUGCAACGCAUGUGGCCUCUACUACAAGCUGCACAAUAUUAACAGGCCCCUGACCAUGAAGAAAGAAGGAAUCCAGACCCGAAACCGAAAAAUGUCUAGCAAAUCCAAAAAAUGCAAAAAGGUGCACGACGCGCUGGAGGACUUCCCCAAGAGCAGCUCGUUCAACCCCGCGGCCCUCUCCAGACACAUGUCCUCCCUCAGCCACAUCUCCCCCUUCAGCCACUCCAGCCACAUGCUGUCCACUCCAACCCCGAUGCACCCGCCCUCCAGCCUCUCCUUCGGACCUCACCACCCCUCCAGCAUGGUCACCGCGAUGGGCUAGGACCCCCCGCGCGCCGCGGGGCAGGGCUCCGGGCCGGGGUCCCUCCUGCCCCUUAUACUUGCAUUUUUGCAGGAGCAGUAUCAUGAAGCCUAAAGCCGAUGGAUAUAUGUUUUCGAAGGCAGACGGCAAAACGAUGUUUGCCGCUUUGGAAAAGGCGCUUGCUGUGGUGUCUGUGUUCUCGACCACUGAAUCUGGAUCCCAUUUGUGAAUAAGCCAUUCAGACUCAUAUUCCCUAUUUAACAGGGUCUCCAGUGCUGUGAAAAAAAAAAAAACAUGCCGAACAUUGCAUAUAACUUAUAUUGUAAGAAAUACUGUACAUUUGAGGACAACUUCAUGACACCUGAGCUAUAAGAAGGUCAUGAAGGACGCCGAGAAUUUUUAAGGAAUAUGGGGGGGACAAUAGAAGUGUGGAAAUUAAGAAGCAACUAGGUCUGAUAUUCAAAUGAAACGAACAAACUGCCAGUUUUGGUUUCCUUUCACUGGCCACAGUUUGAGGCAUUAAAAGAAAAAGGAAAAAAAAAAAAAAAAAGAAAGAAAAAAGAAAAAAAAAUCAUAAGAAAAAGUCGUAGGCAAA